AUGGUUGUACAGGUAUUACGCAGGCCGGAUUUUAUGCGUGUGAUAGCUGAACAUCCUAAUAUGCGUGAUCUGAUCCGUAAAAAGAUACAGACGAGACUUAUGAAAACAAGGAGAAGACAGGAGGCGAUAGAGCGGUACGAUAAAGGCGAUUCGAGGCUAAUUCGUACGCGCUAUCGCCCCAUGAAAGUACUCAAAGAUAAUUUGGCGGGAGUAGAGGAUGAGGACCCUACUUUUGUGGAUGACUCUCAUAUGUAUUAUAGAGAUGAGAAUAACGAACGGAAACCAAAGUUUACAACUGAAUACUUGGAGUUGUACCAUUUGUCGAGUAAUGUUACUACUAUCGAAAUGCCCAGCAUUUGCUUAAGGUCCAACUUUCCCUGGAUUCUAUUGCCUGACACUGAUUUAACUCGUGCUUUAGAAGUAGCGCAUUUUUUGAUCGUUCUAUAUGUGUGUAUUAUGUCACCGUACAGUGCUCUACAAAGCCAGCAGUCGAAUGUUGAGAAGGUGCUCACAUCUAUUGUUUUCGCAGGGUUGCUCUUUAACAUAUAUAUACAACUUACGACUGCUAUAGUCAUAAAGAAUAUUAGAAAAGAAACUAUAAAGGACAUAGCCGAAGUAAAAAUGGCAACCAUUGGUUUCUACCUCGAUAUAAUAUCAGUAUUCCCCGUGUACAUUUUUACGGAUACUCUGGACCCUGAAGGAGAAACGGUUGCUGGUCAAAUAGCUAAGUUAUUCCCAAUAUUGCAAGUAUGGCAUUUGUGGGAUUAUGUUGAUAAAUGGGCAAAAAAUUUCUAUAGUCCUGUUAAGAACUCCUGGAUGUCCUUGUUAAUAUUUUGGGAAACAAAGGUAUACAUGAUGAAUGAGGCAAAACACGAAAAACCUAUUAAGACAGCGUUUGGUUUCGGUACUGCCGUAUUUACCGGUACUGGCUCUUCAGACAUAGCCCCUGGUUCAAAUGACAUUUUAUUAGUUAUUUUUUUAUUUGUAAGCGGCUCGUACAUGGGCGCCUUCUAUACAGCCAGGGUCUGUUGCAACUACUUACUAUCAACACGAAGAAGAUUAAAGUUUAAGGUAUGCAAUCGCGACUUUCUGCAGACAGUAGCAAGUAAUACAAGGAAAAUAGUGCUGCCUGACGACGAGGUUGUACAACAUGCAGCUGACAUUGGACGAGACAUGUACAUACUGAAAAGUGUUUUAGAUGACCCAGAACUAAAAGAACGGUCUGCGCCGUAUGAAGAAGCAAAGCCUUUAAGUGGCAAAUUAGAUGUGAAAACCAACAGAAUUGCGCAAGAGAUAAAGGAAAGUUUCUAUGUGUUUUCGACUCGAGAAGAAAGAAUUCAGUACAUGAAAACAUUCGACAGGUUGGGCGUGCUCAGAAUGUGUUCUCACGUGAGUGAUAUCUCGUUUGUAUGCAGACACCUGAGAUACAUCUUCGUGCCAGUUUGCAUCACUCCCCACGGCAUAUUCCUCAAAUUGUGGUGUGCUCUGCGCUUUCUUCUAGCCGUGUUUUACAUAAUCGCCGUGCCGUAUGACAUUGCAACGAAGCAACACAAAUAUAUGGGCACAUUCAAGUGGAUCGAUACAGUAUCUUACAUAGACAUAAUAGUGAUGGCCUAUGUUGCUUACUACAACGAAAAAUCUUUACUGAUUACACACCCCUUACUUACUGUGACGCGGUAUUUAAAACACGGCUUUCUAUGGGAUAUUCUAAGUGUGUUUCCAUUUGAACAGUUGGUAACUCGAAUAACAGGUGCCUUUUCAUACUGGGAGAGUGAUAUAAUGCGCGUGAAUCCAUUAGUAGUCCUUGUGAAGUGCUUACCAAUAGCUGUCACUAUAAUAAAUCUUGCUACGGCCUUUAUCUUUGGUAACGCCUGUGAGUCGUACUUGCCACCACACUCACCGUAUAUACUUGUCAACUGCUCUAGUGUUAUGAUACUGAAUGACAAUAAAGAUCAAAUAAAAUGACUAGGUUGUAAUCCAGUCGGCAUGUACAACAUAGUGGACAUGUGGGUAGUGAUGUGUCUGCAGAUCACGGGUUUUCUAUACUUUGCUUUCAUGUUCGGCUACGUCGCAUCUGCAAGGUCUGCAUCUGCGUGUGCACUGUUGGAACACAAUGAAAAAACAAAGGAUCUGGCGAACUUUCUAUACCAGGAGAAUGUAGAUCCUGUACUUACGGCAAAAACAUUGAAAUAUUUCGAAUAUGUAUGGAAGAGAACUAACGGUAGCAAUCCUCAGCAACCAAUUUCAUGUUCGGAAGUAACAAUUUACGCCAGUCGAAGUCUAGAUGUGCUAGUUUUACCGAGCUUGACUUUUUUCAACCUAAUCAAAUAUUACUCCAAAAUUCAGGAACCCUUAACGAAGGCAUUCGAAACUUCUAGAGACUACAUUCUGCCGAUAACAAUGGAAAUAAAUGACGAUACCUCGUCAGAUGAGGGAUCAUGCGACGAAUUGAUAUCGUAUGAGUCAGGAAGCACGUUUAGGAGUGACUCGAGUAAAGCUGAUGUAUCAGGUUGUGAUGACUAUAAUUAUGGUGGUGCUGAUGAUUCAUACUUUUACGUGUAUUUGGCUUCUCGCAAUGAUCGAGCAACGCCUCAUCGUCAAUGGGACUAUGUUACUUCAUUUUACGUUGUCGUCGCUCAACUUACAACAACUGGGACAGACGAGUUUCUCAUUGACGACAUUCUACCAAUGGCAAUUUUGGGUAUCACUCUCGUGUGUGGCCGAAUGUUGGCAGCCAUAGUCGUCGCUACUUCUAUACAGCUGGCAUAUGCUACUAAGUAUGCACUUACAGCCUACGAAAAAGUUACGAAGGACCUCAUUUACACGUUGAAGAAUCAAGGAUUGUCUAGGAACUACAUCGUAAUGGCUGGUGACAGUGAAGCCAGAAUGUACUGGGUUGCUUCAGGCUCAGUUUCAGUCGUUUCAAUCCGAGCCGAUUUCACCGAGAUCAUUCACGAGACACUUAGUCCCGGGGAUGUGUUUGGCAUACUGCAAGGAAUGCAUAGAGGCAUCGCGCACAGUUUUUCUUAUAGAGCAGAUACCAAGGCAACUAUCCUGUCACUUAGUUUGGAUGCCUGGAUCAAUAUGUUGCCGUUUUUCCCUGAAGCAAGAAGCAUUAUUAGCGAUAGAUCUGAAGUGCUUUUUACACAGAUAUAG